AUGAAGGUGGACUAUACGCGAUUGGAAGUUCUUUUGAAGCUUUCCUCCAAGCAACAGAUGAUUGAUCUGUGUCAGCAAGCUUUUAUAUUCAGGAAGUCUUCAGACCAGGAUCAUGAGUUUGAUUUGAUACACGUUGCUGUGUUCCAGGGAUCCGCAGAUCCACAAGCCUUAUUUAGUCUGUUUCCAAAUGGAUUCCAUAAAAAUUUACGGGACCUACUUACAAAAAUAAUCAUAGACAACAUGAGUACGUGGACCUCUGAGGCUAUUAAUACUCAAGUCUCCCUGCCCAAGCUGCUGGACUUGGACUGGCGUGUGGAUGUGAAAACCUCAUCAGACUCUAUUGCCCGCAUGUCGGUACCUACGUGUAUUCUCAACCUCCAGAUUCAGAAGAGUGCAGCACAUGUCAGCAAGUCUGCGGAGACUGAAAAUGUCAACGUGGAACUCAGCAAGGAGACUCUGGACGCAAUGUUAGACGGACUAGGGAAGAUACGAGAUCAGCUAGCUUCUGUGGCUACCAGAUAG